AUGACGAAGACAAAUCUUCGCCGGAAAAAUCACCAAACAAGAAAACCAACAGUUACCGUUCCACAAACCAAAACUAUCAUUGCCAACAUUCAAAAACCUUACACUAAAAGUCGUACAUCUGAUUCAAGAAGCAAACCUACUUACGCUUCCAAACCUAAAGCCACAAAGAUUUGCACCUACUGCAACAAACCAGGUCAUACCAUUGAGAUAUGCUUCAAAAAACACGGGCUUCCACCUUACCUCAAAAGAGCUAACAUGGCGCAGACAGCUACUGAAGAACCAGACCAUGACGAUUCUCCCACAAGCCAAAUCGAAGAAUCCCAAGACGUUGGUUUCAUAAGUGAGCAACAUCAUGCCUUACUUGCGCUUCUUCAACAAGCCACUACCACGACUGAAGCCAGCAUUCAGCACCUUUAG